GGAAUCCGCCUGUAACCUCCGAUCCCGGCCAGCAAAGCCUCCGAUCCACGGAAAGCAUGACGGAUCCUGCUACCGCCGCUGCAACGUCCUACCCGGCCCCGAUUGUUUCUUUACCUAUCGGGCUAGACAUAUUGAGGACAUACUCCGGCGCGCUGAUCUGCCUGGAAAUCACAUUCGGAGGACUGGUAUGGAUCCUGGUGGCCUCGUCCAACGUACCGGUGCCCUUGCUGCAAGGCUGGGUCAUGUUUGUCUCGGUGAUCCUGUUUUUCUUCUCGACCGCCUUCCUCCUGCUGUUUCUCCUGGGCUAUGUGGACAAAAUCAAUACGGACUGGAAUUUCCUGGACAUGGCGUACCACUUCGGCGCCCUGAUGCUCUACUUCAGUGCCUUCGUGCUGGAAGCAGCGACCACGGCGGCCGGAAGCAUCAGCAGCAAUGACACGGACUGCAUGUCCAGACCGGAUCAGAACAUCAUCGCCUUUUUGGACAGCCGCCAGUACAGCAUCAACGUGGCAGCCACAAUAUUUGCAUUUGUGGUCACCAUCCUCUAUGGCUGCAGCAUGUUCAUGGGCUUCAAAAGAUGGAGGAAGUAACCGUUCAUCCCCCCCGAGGGCUCGCGCGAUGCCGGCCCCACCUCUUCCCGAGCCUUGGCCACAAACAGGCCUGUCGAUUUUCGGUACCGAGGAUUGCAAAGCUGAUGUUGGUAUUAUCUAAGAAGCAAGUUCCAAAAAAAGAGGUAUUUCUGUGCACUUGAACUUAGUGGUUUAAUGUACAAAAUGGAUCCCUCCAUUGUUUUACUCCGAUUGCCAUGGUUAUUACAGUGCUCUGACGAGUCGUAGGCUAUUUAUUUGGCUUUUUAUGCUAUAGUGAGCCCACUUUAGGAACUUUCUGCCAAGUGCUGCAUGGUUCUUAUGUGGCAAAUCACAGACAAUGUAGUUGGUGCCCACGGGGCUCGUCUGUGCUCUUAUUGCUUUGUUUUUUUUGGUAACGCUUUACUGAGGGGACACAAGUAACUAAGGAACUCAGUUACUACUCCAGUACAAAUCAAGAACAAAUAUAGUAACUUCUAAAUAUAGUAACCAUAGUAUUUUAUGUGCCUCCUCAAGUAACGUGUCGCCUUUCUUUUAAAUAAACUUUUGAAAUGUACCUGCAGCUACUUGUUCCCGGAUCCACGCACCUGUAUAUUCAUCUGAGGUGGACCUGUGGUCUGACCUCUCUGUUACUAAGCAGUAGAUAGCUGUGUAUUUAAUUACAUGCAUAAAACUGAAAAUUUUCUGCAAAAAUGUUCAAUUUCAAGGCCCUCCAUAUUUUAUUUCUGGUGUUUUUUAAAAUAUUAAAUGAGCAAGGCUGGAGAAUAUGUUAAGUAAUUUUGACCUUGAUUACUGUGUGCAUUUAAAGCGUGAAAAUAAAAAGUUGGCAUGAGUCAUGCCAACACAAAACA